CGGUACCGGUUCAACAUGGCGCCGGUGAAGCUGCUAGUCUGAUUCUAAUAGUUAUCUCACUGUUAAACAGAAGAAAUAACAUUCCAGCAAGUAACAACGUGACCAAGAUGGAUUUGGGCUCGGGAGACGCGCCGUCUGGAGCGGGGGAUGCAGCAAUCGAUAUGACUACUAAUGAAAGGGUCGUAGAACUGCUGAACACGGCAUCUCUUAAGUCCACUGAUGAGAAACUUACCAUCCUUAAGCAGGUCCAAGAGUUGAUUAUUAAUAAGGAUCCCACACUGCUCGACAACUACCUGGAUGAGAUGCUGGCCUUUCAGUCAGACAAAUCAGUGGAAGUGAAGAAAUUUGUUAUUGGUUUCAUUGAAGAGGCAUGUAAACGGGAUAACGAGUUGUUGUGGAAGCUGAUUGCGAACCUGAACAAUUGGCUGACAGACGAGGGUGUGAACGUCGUCAAGAAAGCCAUCCUCACAUUUUCGCAACUAUACAAAGUGGCUCUACAGUGGUUGGUGCGAACCAGGAGCAUCUCGGAAACACAGGAGUCGUGCUGGGUCAUGGUGACCCAGAUGAAAGACCAGGUUCUGGCUCUGCUCGACUCGGAGAACGACGGCAUCCGCACACACGCCAUCAAGUUCACAGAGUCGCUCAUCAUCGCGCUGUCCCCCCGAACGGCCGACUCGGACGUCCCAAAGAAGCAGGAGGGGGACAUCAGUCUGGACAAAGUCCCCAAGGAUCACUCGUACAUUCGCUGGGACGUCCUGAGCUCGGAGGGGAAGUCGGCUCUGGACAAACUACUGGAGUUCAUGGUUCAUCCCGCCAUCUCCAGCAUUAAUCUGACCACGGCUCUGGGUUCACUGGCCACCCUAGCCCGACAGAGACCCAUGUUCAUGUCCGAAGUGGUGCAGGCCUAUGAGACUUUACAUGCCAACCUGCCCCCAACUCUGGCCAAAUCUCAGGUGAGCAGCGUGCGAAAAUGCCUCAAGCUGCACCUGAUGUCUCUGCUGCGCCACCCCAGCAGCAUAGACUUCAACAGCCAGAUCUCUACACUGCUGCUGGACCUGGGCAUGACCCAGGCCGAGAUCACGAGAAUCGUCCCGGCGGCAUCCGUGCAGCGCAAGAGAGUGCGGCACGAGCCCUACAGCGAGGGCAAGAGGAUCAAAAUUGAACCUGCGUUGAUCGAGGACGACGAGGAUAAGGAGGAGUCCGUACCUGUCGCUGCGCCCAAGCCGUCGGCCACCACGGGCUCACAGUCUGCUAUUGAUCUCACCGCUGAGUUCCUGCUGCCUCUUCUCACGCCGGACAACGUGGCCAACCUGGUACUCAUUAGCAUGGUCUACCUCCCAGAUGUCAUGCCAGCCUCCUUCCAGGCUACUUACACACCUGUGGAGUCAGCUGGCACAGACUCCCAGAUCAAACAUCUGGCCCGGCUGAUGGCCACACAGAUGACUUCGGCAGGGCUCGGACCAGGUUUGGAGCAGUGCAAGGCCCGGGGUGAAGAAAAGGGAGGAGAGGGCGACGCCGAAGCCGGGGAAUCCACCUCCAAGGAUCCCAUCAUCAUCCGAAAAGUGUCUGCCGUGUCCCUGGGCCAGGCUAUAUCCGUAGUGGGGUCCUCCUACAAGACCCAAGCUGCUGAAGAUACACCUCAGACCAAAAAGCUUCCAGAACCCAUUCUGCUUACAACACAAUCCAAAGCUCCUGGAACCAGUGGACGGAAGAAAGUCUUCAGACUGGCAGAUGUGGUCCAGCCAUUGUCCGAAUCGCACCUGGAGAAGUUCACAGGCAUGGCCGUGAAGCGCAUCCUUCAAGCAGAGAAGACCAUCGCUCGUAGUGGAAUGUCACACGUCCGAGUCAAGCUGCUGGCGAGACUGAUGACCCAGUUCGACGGUACGCUGAAAGAACACGUGCUGAGCUUCAUUCUGGAGGAUAUCCGGAACCGCAGCGACCUGGCUUUUUCCCUCCUCUACCAAGAGUACAACCAGUACCUGAGCCAGCUGCCCUCGGGAUCGCUGGAAAGCUACGAGCAAUGCCUGAUCGUUAUGCUGUCGGGCCUACAAGAGCGACCUGAGCAAAGAGACGGGCUGUUCACAAAGCUGGUGUUGGAAGCUCCUCUGAUCACUGAGUCAGCCCUGGAAGUGAUACGGCGCUACUGUGAGGACGAGUCUCGCGUGUACCUGGGCAUGACCACUCUAAAAGAGCUCAUAUACAAACGCCCAUCCAGACAGUUCCAGUACCUCCACGUUCUUCUGGAUCUCAGCUCCCACGAGAAAGAAAAGGUUCGCUCCACCGCUCUCACCUUCAUCAAGCGCAUGUACGAGAAGGAGCAUCUGCGAGACUACAUCGAGAAAUUUGCUCUGAACUACAUGCAGCUGCUGGUUCACCCAAAUCCUCCGUCGCUGCUGUUCGGAGUCGGAGAGGACACAGAGGUGGCGUCUCCCUGGACGGAGGAGACGGUCAGACAGUGCCUAUAUCUCUACCUCUCCCUCCUCCCUCUUAACCACCGCCUGGUCCACGAGUUAGCAGCCGUCUACACAGAAGCCAUCGCCGACAUCAAACGCAGCGUGCUCCGCGUCAUCGAGCAGCCCAUCAGGGGCAUGGGUAUGAACUCUCCUGACCUGCUGCUGCUGGUGGAAAACUGUCCCAAGGGAGCAGAAACUCUGGUCACUCGCUGUCUGCACAUACUGACCGACAAAGUUCCUCCCUCUCCAGACCUAGUGAAGCGAGUGCGGGAUCUGUAUCACAAACGAGUCCCAGACGUCCGUUUCCUCAUCCCGGUCAUCAAUGGUCUUGAGAAGAAAGAGGUGAUUCAAGCACUGCCCAAACUCAUCAAGCUGAACCCCAUAGUAGUCAAAGAAGUCUUCAACCGUCUCCUGGGCACACAGCACAGUGAAGGUAGUUCCUCUAUGUCGCCCCUGACUCCUGGUGAGCUCCUCGUCGCUCUCCAUAACAUCGACUCCAACAAGUGCGACAUGAAGUCCAUCAUCAAAGCCACAAACCUGUGCUUCGUUGAGAAGAACGUGUACACGUCUGAGGUGCUGGCCGUGGUCAUGCAGCACCUGAUGGAACAGAGUCCUCUACCCAUGCUGCUCAUGCGAACCGUCAUCCAGUCGCUUACCAUGUACCCUCGCCUGGGUGGCUUCGUCAUGAACAUCCUGUCUCGCCUGAUCCCCAAACAGGUCUGGAAGUACCCCAAGGUGUGGGAAGGUUUUGUGAAGUGCUGCCAGCGCACCAAGCCGCAGUCCUACACCGUGUUGCUCCAGCUGCCGCCCGCACAGCUGGUCAGUGUGUUUGAACGCUGCCCCGAGAUGAGGGAGCCUCUUUUGCAGCAUGUCCGGUUAUUCACGCCACACCAGCAAGCCCACAUUCCAUCAUCCAUCAUGGCUAUUCUGGAGGCCAACAGCAGGGUGCCCGAGCCUGAACCGCAGCCUGCACUUGAACGCAUGGAAGCACUGGAGCAAAGAGAGAUCCAUCACCAGCCGUACGUGAUGCCCAUCGUCCACGCUGAACCCCCAGCUCCAACCCUGGUAGCACCCCCUGAACUAGCACCUCAGUCAGGAUUCACUCUGGAGGACGAAGAAGAAGAACCCAUGGAGGAAGGUCCGGCAGGUGCAGAAUCUCUCGAGAUCGCCACCGAAACCACAACACAAAACGAAGCACUCGAAGACGAGGCGACACCUGAGGCGACACCCGUUCCUCAGGAACAGCCAGAGGAACCGAUGGAGGAGGCGGAAGCUGCGGAAGAUCAUCCGGAGGAGGCGGUGGAGCACGGUGGUGCAGAACCUGAAACAGUGGACAGCGCAGAGUGACCGUUCUGAAUAAGGACUGAAUAAUAAUAAAAUGCCUCCUAAAAGCCUAA